AUGUCGACGACAUGCUCGUCAAGAGUCGCACUACUGACCAGCACAUCCCCAACCUCUCAGCCAUGUUCACCCAUUCUGAAGCAGUAUAAGAUGAGGCUCAACCCCACCAAGUGUGCAUUUGGGGUGGCUUCAGGCAAAUUCCUUGGCUUCAUGAUCAGCCAGAGGGGUAUUGAGGCCAACCCAGAAAAGAUCAAGGCCAUAUUAGACAUGGCAAUACCCAGGACAAUCAAGGACAUCCAGAGCCUUACCGGGCGAGUCGCAGCCCUGACCAGAUUCAUCUCCAAGGCCACUGAUCGCUGCGCCCCCUUCUUCAAGGCACUUAAGGGUAGCAAGCGGAGUAUUACCUGGACCGCUGAGUGCGACAAAGCUUUCAACGAGCUGAAGGCGUAUAUGGGCCGGGCCCCCUUAUUGUCAACACCUGAGCCUGGAGACACCCUCAUGAUCUAUCUCUCCGUCUCGGCUACAGCGUCAGUUCUGUGCUCAUCCAGACUAAGAACAGUGCUGAGCACCCCGGUGCAUUACGUCAGCAAAGCGUUACAGGACGCCGAGGUUCGGUACCCAGACAUCGAGAAAUUGGCAUUCGCCCUGGUGGUUUCGGCUCGGCGCCUCAGGCCGUACUUUCAGGCUCAUACCGUCCAUGUCCUAACCAACCAACCACUUCGGCAAGUGUUGCAGAAGCCGGAGACUUCUGGGAGGCUAGUCAAGUGGGCCAUUGAGCUUGGCGAAUUUGAUAUCCACUACAAACCCCGCCCAGCCACGAAGGCCAGGCCGUGGCUGACUUUAUAUCUGAAUUCACUGAAACCCAUGCCGUGGCCAGUCCACAGAUCACGAUGGAGCCCACUCCCACCCCGAGCCAGGUCCACGUCGCCCAGCAACGGCACCCUAGACUAA